UGGGAGACCCUUUCUGUCCUGCCUGGCUCCUCCUUCCCUCCAGCCCUUUGAUAACCCUUCAAGCGGGCUGAGCAGAGCUCAUUCUGUGCAUCACCAUGGCUUACAUCGCCAAGUCCUUCUACGAUCUCAGUGCCAUCAGCCUGGAUGGGGAGAAGGUAGAUUUCAACACGUUCAGAGGCAGGGCAGUGCUGAUUGAAAAUGUGGCCUCGCUGUGAGGCACCACCACUCGGGACUUCAACCAGCUCAACGAGCUGCAAUGCCGCUUUCCCAGGCGCCUGGUGGUUCUUGGCUUCCCUUGCAACCAAUUUGGACAUCAGGAGAAUUGUCAGAACGAGGAGAUCAUGAACAGUCUCAAAUACGUCCGCCCUGGGGGUGGAUAUCAACCCACCUUCACUCUCACCCAAAAGUGUGAGGUCAAUGGGCAGAACCAGCAUCCCGUCUUCGCCUACCUGAAGGACAAGCUUCCCUACCCUUAUGAUGACCCCUUCUCUCUCAUGACCGAUCCCAAGUUCAUUGUGUGGAGUCCUGUGCGCCGCUCGGAUGUGGCUUGGAACUUUGAGAAGUUCCUCAUAGGGCCGGAGGGGGAGCCCUUCCGCCGCUACAGCCGCACCUUCCACACCAUCAACAUUGAGCCUGACAUCAAGCGCCUCCUCAAAGUGGCCAUCUAGAUGUGAGCUGCUCAUGAGCCCACGUGGCUCUCCUAGUCCUUCCAGCCCCGACGCACCCUUCCCCAGGAAGCAGAGCCUUCAGGGGACAGUGCCACCCACCCACCUAAGCUUCCCUACCCAUUCCCCUUCAGUGAGGAAUCUUGCUUUCCCAUCUGCUCAUCUCCUUUUUCUUACUCAACUCUCUUGGUGACUCCUCCUGGGACUCUUAAGACUAGGAUAGGCACUGGGCUUUCACAGAAUGAUGGCACCUUCCUAAACCCUCAUGGGCGAUGUCUGAGGUGUGUGAAAGGCCUGGGGUCAGUCUGCUAAAGGAGUCCAAUAAAGGGCAGGUGUGGAAA